CUUACCUCUUUCCUUCCUCCGUGGUAUAUUAGGAGUUUCUCUUUCCUUCCUCCGUGGGAGUUUUUAGCCGCUCGGUCUUCUCGUUCCCGGAUGUGACGUACGUACAACCCAUGUAAACUACAAUCGCACAAUAAAACGACAAUUUUUACGAUCUUUAUUUUAUAGAAGUUCAGGUUUCUCCUAAGCACUCGCGUGGAAACUGUAAGUUUUUUAUGAAAUAUACACGGUUGAUUGCAAUGGUUUCGAAGCAUCAGGUGCUAUGGUCCUACGGCGUUGUUUUGUUUACAUUAGCGCGGAAUGAGCAGCGUAUGAUAAUUGACAGGACAGCAUUGUCCCGAUAAGAGAGAGCGCAUUACGGCACCCAAAUGUUCGCGAUUAUCAUUGCGGCAGGAACUUGCGCUCUUCAAGUGGUUUGCACUUUUGAGGUGGCAUUGUAGUACGCUGGAAUGCAAGGUUUCGCCGUCCACUUGCCACUAGCAACGGCUUCUCUUCGAGGAACUCUUUGCCGUCGCGCAUGUGCGCAUGAUCGACGUAAAGGGGCCGUAUACUAAUUAGAAUAUAUUAUUAAUUACUCGUCCGCAAUUACGCGCGCGUUGUUACGAUGCGCGCUGUCGAAAAAUAAACGUUCGCAGUUUCUUUGCUGCACGCGUCUACCUGGACUCGGGUGAAACGUGGCGAUUCCGCUUGGGAUCGCGCAUUUGGGCUCGGCCGCGCGGAUCCUGACCGACCUCCUCCUCGGACAACUAUGUCGCGCGCGCGGCCGCCCUGGAGCAGCGAGCCGCUGGACGUUUUCGGACCCCAUGUUCGAGUAGCGUCGUGAUCACGCCGUGGAGGUUUCUUGGGACUCUUCGGCAUCGGUGGUGACUGCGAGGCUGCGACGACGCCGGAUGGUGAAGUGACCGCGCGGGCCUUGUCUAUUAUCAUAAUUUAUAAGUUCCGCCGGGGGUUGGCAGGCCCGCGCGCCGCCGCAGUGCUUCACCGGGGCGGCCACCGGACAACGGAGCGCCGUUGCGGGCCCCCGUGGGCCCGCAAUUUGCGCUGGCUGCUCAUCGGCGGCUAUUAGCAUCCGCGUGGGCAUGCAGCCAGUGCCUCGCCAGCUGGUGGCAUUAGCGAGCCACCAAGAGGUGACCAAGAGGCACAACGAUCCUCUCCAGUCUCAGCAGGCCAAUGGAGUUCAUUUUCUCAAGACAUCGAUGGGAACAACGCUCAUGGGAUCAGCAGGACAGCCAUCUAUUUUUAGUGUUGCUGCUGGCAUCGCUCCUUCAGCUGCAAGCAUGCAAUCACAGCAGUUGGCUACCCUGCUGCCGGGUCAGCAGUUCCUGGGAACGCCACCACAGGGUGCUACCUUUGUCCAGGGACACCAGGCAUCCCCUGUUGGAGUGAUGGUGGCGUCACGGGGCACCCACACAGGUGCAGCUGGAGCCUUUCAACUUUCACAGCAACUGGUCAACAGCCCAGCUGGAGCCACUGCUCAGCAGGUGAACUCGGCCCAGCAGAUCUUUUUGGCUCCACAGCCUCAGAGCACACAAGUUCUGUUGUCCAACCCAAGUCCCCUGUCCACAGGCCAUUUGUUGGGCCAGCUUCUGCCUUUGGGUGCAGGUGGGAGCCAACAAGUGGUGCAGGUGGUGGCAGCCAAUGGCACAGUGCUCACAACAACCUUGGCCAACCUCCCUGCCCUUUCGCAGCAGCUCUCUCUGGCCGCAGCUUUGGCUUCGGCCAGCAGCAAUGCAGCCUCCAAGCAGCAGGCUGCUCUCACAAUGCCACACCAUUUCCAGCAAGUGGCACAUCCACAGCAGCAGCAGCAGCAACCACACAACGGACACGUGACCAUGGCAGCCCAUCAACAGCUCCAACAGCCUCUCCAGCAACAGCAGCAGCUGCAGCAACUGUUUGCUGCUGCACCGAGCAACUUUGCUGCUGCUGUGGCACCUGGUGCCUCCUCGGCUGCAGUAGCCUCAGUACCUCAGUUGUAUGCCAACAUCAAUGGCCAGCUUGUGGCUGUGUCACCACAGGUGUUGGGACAGCCAAUGCCUGGCGGCCAACUGGUGCUUCAGCCACAGGGCUUGCCCAUCUCCCCAAUGCUCAUGCUCAACACUGCUGCCCCUGCACCACCAACUACUAUGGCUGGGCAGCACCAGCAACAUGUGAUGGUGGCAGAGGAAGAAGACGUGUCUGAUGGUGAGGUCAAGGAGGAAGAUGACGAAUAUCAGACGCAUCAGGCAGCUGAAGACAUGUACUCUACGGACUCCCCUAGGGACUUGGCAGAGCCACAGGAUGAGGAAGAAGAUUCGGACCCCACCGAGAUAUUGGGCAUGAGUGCAGUAAGCCCAAGCAUCCAGUCAUCGCCAGCAACUGUAGCUCCUGCGGUCCUGCUGCAGGGCGAUCACAUUGUGAGGUGCACAGCUGCCGAGGCGCCUGCCCUGGUGUCCUCGCCACCCAUUGGCCUCACCAGCAGCACGCCUGUUGGCAGUGCACUGGUCAGCUGCCCUCCGCGACUGAGCAUUGCACCAGCCAGCAGUCUGCCUGUCUCCAGUGCAGCAGCAGUGGAUGUGCCUGCCAGCAGCAGUGGCCCAAAACCAGAAGGAACCAUCAGCCACACUUCGGCCAACAUGGUGGAUGGUAUCGACCUGGAGGAGAUCAAGCACUUUGCCAAAGCGUUCAAGCUGCGCCGUCUUAGUCUGGGCCUCACCCAGACACAAGUCGGCCUGGCCCUGACUUCCUCUGAGGGACCCUCCUACAGCCAGAGCGCAAUUUGCAGGUUUGAGAAACUGGACAUCACACCAAAGAGUGCACAAAAGAUCAAGCCUGUGUUGGAAAGGUGGAUGCGUGAAGCUGAGGAGCGGCUGCAGUCGGGGGGCAGCCACGCCCUGGCCGACCUGGUGGGUGGCGGUGGCAUCGAGCCGACCAAGAAGCGCAAGCAGCGCACUUCCUUCACACCACAGGCACUUGAGGUGCUCAACCACUUCUUCGAGAAGAGCACACAUCCUACUGGAGCCGAGAUGACAGAGCUGGCUGAGCAGCUCAACUAUGAUCGUGAAGUGGUUCGUGUCUGGUUCUGCAACAAGCGUCAAGCAUUCAAGAACACCGUCAAGAGACUCAAGACAGCUGCAGGUGUGGAUGGCCUGCUACCGCCACUCUCAUCCGAUGCCACUACGGACUCUGUUGGCAGUGCUCCAUCUCACAGCAUGGCAGAGAACUCAACGAGUCUCGUGGACUGUGGUGAAGGAAACUCAUCUUGAGCAUGAUCUGUUGGCACUGCUUAAACCCACAACAUUUCGUGUGCGAGUUGAAAUCAGCCACACUACAUUCACCACAGUUUUCAGCCAUGGCAGCACAUGGUCAUGUGUGUGUGUGGGUAGUCCACCACUGGCAUUGUUAUGCCACAUCCAAGUACCUGCUCCCAAAGCAUGUCUCUACUGCCACACUCAUUCUCAUGGGGGAACUGGGUUGCAUGUGGAUUCAAGAACGAGGUGAUACACAAGUGAUGAACAGGACAAGAGCCAGGCUUGCCCAGGCUGCACAACCGGAACAAAGGCACAGCGUGAUCACCUUGAGUUCAGCCAUGCUAGGGCUGAAAAUAUAUGCAUCCACUGGAGGACUGUGUGGGAAAGCUCAGCUGCACCAGUAGCUCAUCUCUCGAGUGCCUCGGAUACUCAUUUUUACACCUGUUUAGGGCAGUUCUACUGUCGCUACUGUACAUUCAUGUAUGUCAUUGCGACACUUUUACCUGAAAGUUUUCAUCUACCCUCACAUAGGACAAAAAUUGCAUAUGAUCAAUUUAGUGUUUUCCAGCUGUCGGUAGCACCCUAAAGGGUCGUAGGGCACAGCUGUCUGGUGUGUUUAACGUGUUCUUAUUGUGCAUUGCAGAAUGGUGUGAAGCAUGACCAAUGCUUUUUAACACAAAUCAAUCUUCUUGUUGCACUCAGGAAAGUUUGGAAGUCUAGCUGUGAGUAGGAAUAGAUAUCAUGGCCAAAUUUAGUACAGUGACUGACAGAUUCUCCUGACACACGGUUUUUGAGGAGUCAUAGUUUUUUUGUUGCAUUUUUAAAGUACAUAAUGAUGGCAUAUGAACACUGUCAUGCUAAAUUUCGAACUGAUGCAUGUUACAAAUACAUUUCAGCAUUAUUUUAAUACUGUAGUGCAGGACUCAAUAUACCGUAUUUACUUGCCUAACGAACCCACUCACAUAAUAAACCCACACACCAUCUUGGUCCUUGAAAAAAAGAUGUUAAUGUAUCUGCUCAUUUUAUUUUGGUGUGAUAGCCAGUGCCGCUGACAAGAGAUCAAGCCGUUGAGUCACAAAAUCGAGCCGUUAUGUCACAAAAUAACGACGCAAUAAAUGUGAAAACAUAGUUAUGCAACCAUGCUAAACAGUCGCGAGCAGCGCGAGUGCGAGUGCGCGAUCGUCAAUCAAAAUUUAAGUCUCACCUUUCACGGUAGAGCGCCAUCGGUCGAAUGCAAGAACAAUUUUUGCUUGUAGAGCCACGCAAGCACAGCAGCACGAAAACAAAGCAAGAAACAAAGCGCAUGGCCGCCGAGAUGACAAAUGCGCAAUGUGUUUUUGGGCUGCGCGCCCGCUAUCUCGGAGGCUAUGCAAAGAGCAAUUGUGCUCGCCACGCUGACGAUAUGCUGUGCACCUGCAACAUUUGUGCUCCGCCAUCUGACGCUACGUUUUUGUUGUUGCGUUCGUCGUAGUGAAUUUAGUUCAACACCUGCUGCGCAAGUCGUGUUCGGCUGGUACGCUGGCUACACAGCAGCAUGCACUGGAGCAUGGGGACCGAGCGGCUGGACAACACCUAAGCGUCAAUCAGGUUCGUUCAGAGAAAACCGGAAGAUCUUUGGGCUACAAAAAAAAAUUGUGACGCAUUUCGCAGGCUGCAACUAUCAUGCAAUUUCGCUGUUAUAACUCCCAUCAACUUUUUCUCCCGCGUAAUGAACCCUCCCCCAAAUUGGCAUCAACUUUUUUGAAGAAAAAAAAGGUGGGUUUAUUACGCGAGUAAAUAUGGUAGUUUUUGCAGUCUUUUCUCUUAUAGAACUGAGUGCUUAUGCCAAAUGCAAAUGAGGUAAUCUAGGGUGUUUGGACCUCCCCAAGUUAGUAUUUUGUGUGGGGAAUAUUACACACUUACUAAUGCACUCACAAAUAUAUUAAAAAAUAAAGAUUGAACUCCUUCCGCCUUCCCA